AUGAACACGUCCCAACCAGUCUCCUCCCACCUGGCGUCAGUGGCCUUCCAGCACCUCUCCGCCACCGACAUCCACCAACUCUCCGCCCGCCGCAUCACCAGCUCCACCACCUUCGACACCCUCCUCAACCCCAUCCCCGGCGGCCUCUACACCGCCGAACUCGGCCAGUUCGGCGACAACUCCUGCACCACAUGCGGCCUGAAGAACCCCCAAUGUCCCGGUCAUGCAGGUCACAUCGACCUCCCCGUCUGGUGCUACCACCCCACCUUCAUGGACCAGACACUACGACUCCUCCGCGCCAUGUGUAUCUACUGUGGGAGGCUGAGGAUGGCGAGGGUGCAGGUGGAGCGGACGCGGUGCAAGCUGAAGCUGGUGGAGUGUGGGCUGUUGAACGAGAUGGCCGAGCUGGACGACUUGAGCAUCCAGGCCAUGUCGAAGAAAGGUGCUGCUGCGGUGAGUGACGAUGACGAGAGCUCGGACGACGAUGAUGUGGAUAGUCAUGUCAGGAGCGCCAUUGCUCGCAUGCAGAAGUUCACCCACCAAGCUAUCCGGACAGCCAAGGCCAACGGGACACUAUUCACCGCCAAGAAUGAAGCGACGGAGAUGUCGCGGAAAGUCAUCAUAUCCGAUUUCAUGGGGAAGAUCACCCAAGGCAAGAAGUGUAGCAAUUGCCAAGGCUUGAAUCAUAAAUAUCGCAAGGAUCGUCUGGUCAAGAUCUUCCGCAAGCCGCUCACGCAGAAGGAGAGCUAUGCUAUGAUUCAGUCUGGACACAAGGCCAAGGAUCCGAUUGUCGAGAUGCAGAAGCGGGUACGAGCCGAGCAGAGUCGCAAGAGGAAGCGGGAGGCGGAGAAGGAUGAGGGGAUUGCGGAUAUGGGUGAUUCGGACGAGGAGGAUGCGGAAGGUGGUGGCGAUGAUGUGGAUAUGGAUGAGGAGACGGAUGAGGAGGUGCAGAUCGCUGGAGGUGAUAUUCUGGAUUCUGCUCCCGAAGCAGUACGAUCGAAAACCCAACCAGGCGCUGAGCCAGAGCAGGAAGAAUAUCUGAAUCCCGCUCGAGUGCAUGCACAUCUCGCUCAACUCUUCGAGCGCGAGCAAGAAAUCCUCUCCGCAGUCUAUGGGCACAAGCGGCGACAACGGCAAAAUAUAGUGCAUGAACCACUCAAAGCAGACAUGUUCUUCAUGCGCACCAUCCUCGUCCCACCGAACCGAUAUCGCCCCGAAGCUAGACAAGGCAACGACGAGAUCGCCGAGGCACAGGAAAAUACUCUGUACAAGAACAUCUUAACCAUCAGUGAAAGCAUGGACAAUAUCCAACGAGAACUCUCGGGCAAAGACCAACCCGAGCAGCCGAGCAGGUAUCGACCACGAACGUAUGUGGAUCUCGAGAAUACUUGGGUACAACUGCAAGAGUCUGUCAAUAGUCUGAUUGACAAGAAUCUGGCUCCUGUGCAAGGUGCGGCGGCGAACAGACUUCCGGACGGUAUCAAGCAGAAGCUGGAGAAGAAGGAGGGGAUGUUCAGGAAGUAUAUGAUGGGUAAACGAGUCAAUUUCGCUGCUCGAACCGUCAUCUCACCGGACCCGAAUAUUGAGACGAACGAGAUUGGUGUCCCUCCCGUCUUUGCCGUCAAGCUCACUUACCCGGAAGCAGUAACAGAGUGGAACGUGGAAGAACUACAAGAAGCAGUCCGAAAUGGUCCCCACGUCUGGCCCGGCGCCGUAGCCAUCGAGAGCGAAACCGGCCAAGUCGUGAACCUCGAGCGCAAAAACGCCGAGGAGCGCACAGCCCUCGCCAACCAACUCCUCGCCCUCAGCGCCGGCAGCAGCAACAUCCGCGGCACCCGGCCCAAAAAAGUCCACCGCCACCUCAACAACGGCGACAUCGUCAUCAUGAACCGCCAACCCACCCUCCACAAACCCAGCAUGAUGUGUCACCGCGCCCGCGUCUUACCAGGAGAAAAGACGCUCCGCAUGCACUAUGCCAACUGCAACACCUACAAUGCCGAUUUCGACGGGGAUGAGAUGAACCUCCAUUUCCCGCAGAACGAGGUCGCGCGGUCUGAAGCGUUGAACAUCGCCGAUACCGAUCAUCAGUACCUCUCCGCUACUGCGGGUAAUCCCUUACGAGGUCUGAUUCAGGAUCAUAUCAGUAUGGGCGUCUGGCUCACGAACCGGGAUACUUUUUUCGAGAGGGGCGAUUACAUGCAGUUGCUUUAUGCGGCGUUACGACCUGAAUCGGGGCAUUGUACGAAUGGGCGCAUCGAGACGAUCCCGCCUGCGGUGUGGAAACCUAAGGCGCUUUGGACCGGGAAACAGGUUGUUACGACUGUGCUUCUGAAUAUCCAACCGCAGGGGUACGAGGGGAUCACGAUGAUGGGGGUAUCCACUACCGCUGCGAAACUCUGGGGCCAGGCCGGUGCGAAGGAAGAGGCGAGCGUGCUCGUGCAGAAGGGGUAUCUCUGCCAUGGGAUUCUGGACAAGAAACAGAUUGGGCCUUCCAGUGGCGGGAUCGUGAAUUGUAUCUAUGAAGUCUACGGGCAUACUUUAGCCGGCCGGUUUUUGAGUAUUCUCGGCCGGCUGCUUACGAGGUUGGAGGGGAUGCGGGCUUUUUCUUGCGGGGUGGAGGAUCUGAUUUUCACGCGGGAGGGGGAGGUGGCGAGGAGGGAGGCCCUGGCGGGGGCGGAAACGGUGGGGUUGGUGGCUGCGGCGAAGUAUGUGGGACUCGCGGACCAGGGCGCGCAGAGCGGGGAUCGGGAGUUGAGGAGGCGGUUGGAGGAAGUGUUGAGGGAUGAUGGGAAGCAGUUGGGGUUGGACCAGGUGACGAAUAAUCUGACCAAGGAUUUGUCGUCUGCUGUCACGGAUGCUUGUUUGCCGACGGGGUUGCGAAAGGCGUUUCCGGCUAAUCAGAUGCAGACGAUGACUUCGUCUGGGGCUAAAGGGAGUAAAGUCAAUGCGAACCAGAUUUCUUGUAAUCUCGGUCAGCAGGUGCUGGAGGGGAGGCGGGUUCCCGUCAUGGUUAGUGGGAAAACGCUGCCGUGUUUCAAGCCGUUUGAGAGUUCGGUGAGGGCGGGGGGGUAUAUUGUCGAUCGGUUCUUGACGGGUGUUAGGCCGCAGGAGUAUUUCUUCCAUGCUAUGGCUGGACGGGAGGGAUUGAUUGAUACGGCGGUUAAGACGUCGCGGUCGGGGUAUUUGCAGCGGUGUUUGAUCAAGGGGAUGGAGGGGUUGAGGGUCGAGUAUGAUACUUCUGUCCGGGAUAGCGAUGGGAGUGUGAUUCAGUUCUUGUAUGGCGAGGAUGGACUCGAUGUGGCCAAGGCGAAGUAUUUGGGGGACUUUAGGUUCGAGGCGGAGAAUUGUAGGUCUUUGUUCAUGGGGUUGGGGGUGAGUGGGGAUUUUGAGAGGGUGGUCUGCCCGGAGGCCGUGGAGUGGAAUAAGAGUGCUGUUAAGAAGGUCAGGAAGACCGGGAGGAUCGAUGCGGUGGAUCCGGCGCUGAGUGUGUUUUCGCCGAGUCGCUUCGCGGGGAGUAUGAGCGAGAGGGUGUAUCGCGAGGCGCAUGAGUAUAUGGAUAGGAAUUCGGAUGGGUUGAUCCGGGAUAAGAAGAAGGAGGUCGUCGGGGCGGUGACGAAGAGGAGUUUCGAGUCGAUUUUGAAUCUAAGGUAUUUGAAGUCGGUGGUUGAGGCGGGGGAGGCGGUGGGGGUCGUGGCGGGGCAAUCGGUCGGCGAGCCCUCGACGCAGAUGACGUUGAAUACAUUCCAUUUGGCUGGGCAUUCGGCUAAGAAUGUCACGUUGGGCAUUCCGCGGUUGAGGGAGAUUGUCAUGACGGCUGCUAAGACGAUUGCGACGCCGACGAUGACGUUGAGGUUGAAUGAGGAGAUGAGUGUGGAGGAGGGGAAGAAGUUCGCCAAGGGGAUCUCGAAGUUGAGUUUGGCCGAGGUCUUGGAUAAGGUUACCGCGACGGAGAGGACGGAGAAGGGGGUGGCGUAUGGGGAGGCGAAGAAGUAUGAGGUGCGAUUGGAAUUUUUCCCGAGUGAGGAGUAUAUGAAGGAGUAUGCUAUCACGGUCGCGGAUAUUGUGAGCACGAUUGAGCUUCGUUUCCUGCCGAGAUUGCAGAUGCUUACGCGGAAGGAGUUGAAGAAGAGGGGGGAUGAGCGGAGUCUGAAGAAUGCUGUGAGGAGUGAUGCUAUGCCUGAUAUCGGAAAGAGCGCUGGGACGGUGGAGCAGGAGCGAGCGAGGCCUCAAGGGGAUGGAGUGGGCGGGGACGAUGAUAGUGAUGGGGAGGGGGACGAUGAUGCGACGCGGGAUAAGACCAAGGGGAACAAACAACAAGCGGGGUAUGAGGCUUAUGAGGAUGAUGAGGAGAAUGCUAUUCAAGCGAGGAACUUACAGAGGGAGGUCGAGGAGCUGGAGACGGAGAGUAGUGCCAGUGAGGAUGAGACGUAUGGGGGUAGUCCGGAACCUUUUUCUGGGGUGAGAGCGGCGAGUUCGAGUGAGGAUGAGAGUGGGGAGGAGGGGAUGACGCCCAAGCAGGCGAGGAAGGUGGUUGCGAGGGAGCGGGAGGCGCGGAUCAAGGGCGAGAAGAAGACGAAUGAUGUUACCCGUUUCGCCUUUGACGACGUCAAGGGGGAGACGUGCACUUUCACGUUGGAAUACGACUCCACGACCGCCAAGAUCCUGAUGCUGAACCUCGUCGAGUCCGCCGCGCAUUGGGCACUCAUCCAAUCCGUCCCCGGCGUCAGCGCCGCCAUGGUCGACGAACAAGCCACCAAAGACGCCGGCGGAACCCCGAUCCUCGCCACGAGCGGCGUCAAUAUCUCCGCUAUGUGGGAUUAUCAACACAUCGUCAACCCCAACCACAUCUACACCAACAGCAUCUACGACAUCCGCCUACACUACGGCGUAGAAGCGGCCCGUAACGCCAUCGUCCGCGAACUCCAGUCCAUCUUCGGUGGCCACGGCAUCAGUGUCGACCCGAGACACUUAUUCCUCAUCGCCGAUUACAUGACGCGCGACGGGGGUUAUCAGAGUUUUUCCCGCAUGGGGUAUCGCGGCAAUGCGUCGCCGUUUAUGAAGAUGAGUUUUGAGACUACGGUGGGGUUUUUGCGGGAUGCGGUGUUGGAGGGGGAUUGGGAUGAUUUGAGGAAUCCGAGUGCGAGGAUUGUGGCGGGGAGGUUGGGGAGGAUGGGGACGGGGGGGUUUGAUGUUUUGAUGCCGGUAAGGGGGGAGGGGGAGAAGGUGGGAGGGAGUGGGGAUGGGGAUGUGGAGAUGGGUGAUUUGGACCAACACCAAAGUAACAGCGCCUCGUUAGAUGAUCUCGAAGAUGAGGAUCGAAAGUCGUUUGUUAUGCUGUUGUCCAACCAGCUGGCCGCGAGAAUUGCUUACCUUGACCAGACAGAGUCUCUCCUCACCGUACCAGAUGUUGGCUGGCAACUCCUCAGGUCCAUGACCACAUUCAUUGUAUUGAUUCCUCAACAAAAUGAUGCGUACUUCAUCCCUCUGGUGCUGGCUGUUCGCGCAGGAGUCGUGGUUCGACACCCUCCUCAGCGUCAAGGCAUCACGAUCGUCUUCCCUGUUACUUCCUCAUCGAAGUCGACGGCAAUGCGAACAACGCACACCUUGAGCUUGCUAGCUCUCUCUGCCGCCUUGGUGGCGGCUAUUUCUGGCAAUCUCGGUAGCAACAGCACCGUCAACGGCAGCGAUGCUACAGCACCGAUCCAAUGCCCGGCGAGCGGCAACUCGACCUACUCCUGCGGCGAUACGAUCUUCGACAUUGACUGUUAUACCGAUCUCUUCGACCACAAUCUUCGCACGGUCUAUGCAGCGACCAUGAACGAUUGUAUGGAUGCAUGCGCCAAGGACGGUCAAUGCGUUGCUGUCUCCUACGACGAUCCAGGUGCAUGCUAUCUGAAGUAUGCAAUCGGCCAGCCAAUCCCGAACCCACGCAUCUGGAGCGCUCGCUCCAACGCCAUCGAAGUCAUCCCCUCCUGUCCAAACAGCAACCAGACUACGUACAGUCCCAGCAAGGGCAAGUCAUACGUCAUUGAGUGUGACAUCAAUCAUUACAUCAACGACUUCGCGAUGGUGUAUGCGCCGGAUCUGCAAGGAUGUAUCAAUGCGUGUGAGAACAAUGCUGCCUGUGCCGAUGUGGUCCUGAGUGGGACAGCUUGUUAUCUCAAGAACGCUGUUGGUGCAAGCCAGUGGAGGCCUGGUUCUGGUCUUGCUGGGGCAAGGCUGGGAUAUCUACACAGCUGA